AUGUCCGCAAUAUUCUCUUCACUGUCCACAGCGAUGUACCAUGGACAUCACCUGCUGGAUAUUGAGACGGCCAUCAUAGCAACCCUCAACAUCCUCCUCACCACGCUGACCAUCAACGAUCCGGACGGCGGAAGAAACGAUAACAAUUGGAACAUCUACUACCACUUUUUCUUGAAUCAAUCCUGUCAUGAUCGCCUGCUCCAACAAGCCAAGAAGAUGCAGGCAUUGUCUUUCUCCCUCAACAUGGCGCCAGAGCGAGCAGUCUGGGGUGAGGAAGACAUUCAAGGAUGCCAUCGACGACUGCUAGGCCAGCUGGAGCGACAUGACCUUCAGUUUGGUCGGUGCCAGGUCUGCAGAACCCACAGGAUUUUCGUUGCCGAGCACGUCGCCGACCUCUUCAACGACUUUGGCGAUAUGGAAGCCUUCAUCUCGACCCUGCUACCCGGGCUCUCGCUCUGCUCACCAAUCCUCUCUUCGUCUCCCCAGAUCUUAAUUUGGCUCAAAGAUGUCGUAGCAGCAGCCAGAGCCGAGUCUCGCACUUGGAGCAACACGUUCAGGACAAGAAGGCAGGAGUACCUGACGCUGGGCUUCUUCGCUGGAGAUGCGCUCUCCCUCUGUCACGCCCUUCAACACCGGCGGGUUACCGCCACGACAGUCUUCUGGUAUCGGAGCAGGCACAACACCAUGGAUCCCCUGAUGCUCACGGUGGAUGAUUAUGGCACUGAAGGGACCGCCCCCGUCUCUUUCAACGUCAUCGACACCUCCAACCUUCUGGACCACCUUCGCGAAUUGAAUUUGCUCCUAGCAACGUCACCACUCUUGAAGAAUGAUGCCUACGCCAGCCUUUACACCGAAACCCUAGCAAACCGAGAGAUGGCCCUGCAUCAAGACUUCUUCAACGAGCUAAUUGGCGGACACCUCCAUACCGUCUCGCUGCUCCUCGUAUGGCCCCCUUCGAGUAGAGCGCUAGGCAUGGAGCGCUUGCACAUUCAUGAAGCCGAACUGGCUUCGGUGUUGUACAAACUGUAUGUCGACAUGUUUCCGGGCGAGGCCCUUUUAAGGAUAAUCGCAAGUUCUACCUUACGGGACGCCAAACGCCUCUCGCUCUCUUCAAACACGCGCGCGAGCUUUGUUUCGUUGCUGUCCCUAGUCAAGCAGCGCGUUGUCACCAAUUGUGACCGAGCGAUGGGAGCCCUGCUGUCAAAGAUUGACUCCAACGAAACGCUCUUGGUUGGCAUGAGCUUCAACCAGGAGCUCUACCUCUACAUGCACCUUCUCGACAUGUACUCGGUCGAUACCUUCAUCUUCAACGACGUUCGUGGCACAAUGAGCUUCGACGCGAAAUGGGUCCCUGGCCGCCGUACACAGCGGCGGCCCCUCGCCCGGACGCAUCAAGGAAACCCGCAGGCUGGCACGGGGACUUUCCCCUGUUAUGUGUCCUUUCAAGUCCCGUCCUGGAUUCUCCUCCGCGAGCCAGAGAUCGCCCUUGUGCAUUUCGGCAUGCAGAGCAAUUCCAGUACAGCAAACGACUUCGUGUCAAGCCUAGGGCUCGAGUUAGCCAUAUUCAAGAAGACCCUCAGCGACACCAACCAUGUGUACAUCACCAAGGAUCUACCCAAUCGGUCCGGCUUGAUCAAGGUUCCGGGAUUUGCCCAAGAUGCCCUCGCGUGGCAAAGCCCGACGGAGGAGGAGGUUCAGACCAGCAUCACUACCAAGCCCUACAGGCAGCCGUCGCUCACAAGAAGAAGAGCCAAGGUCACUAGCCUCUCGCCGUGCCAUUUCGAGGUCAUGGUCAACCAGACCGUGCUCAACCCGGGUCUUAUAUGGAACUCAACGGGGUCUAUCAUCCAAGACCCAGCCACCAACCCGGCCCCAGCGUUCACCAGCCCCAUCGUCUUCCCCCAUUACUCCAACCUCUCCAGUAAUGGGCCCAUCAUUCCCAAAGGGGAGUGCAUCUUCGGCCUGAUUGGUACUGUCUCCUCUUCCGGAAUUACAGUUUCCAGCCAGAACCUGAAUUGGGGUGGAGGCAACGACGUGCUAAUCUUUGUCGAGAGCAUGCGGCUGGACCUGGCACGACGGACGAUAGUGUUGGUCGUAACGCGGGCUGUCUUGCUGGCCUUGGGGGUUGGCUAUCUCAUGGAGCUGAUGUGGCCUAAGGAAGACGUGGUCGGGCAACUGGUGGAUGGAGAGGAAUUGCGGUUGUGGAAGGAAAUGUUGCCGUCGUGGGUUGAGAGAUGUGGGGAAUGGAAGCAUCGCGAGGGCCGCGAGUAUGGGCGGGAAGGGAAGUGGAAGGCGCCCGUUUCGGUUGAGGCGGGCGAGGACGUGCUGUGUGUAUGUGGAAAGGGCGUCUUUCCAAUGGGAUGGAAGGUUGAUGCGCGCAUAUGGGAGACGGUCAAGGGGUACUGGGUGAGGGCGGCGACUCCACCGUUGUUUGCGAGCGCGUUGGCCGAGAAUAUGAUGCCGGACCCUUAG